AUGGCGGGGGGGGCGGGGCGCAUGGCGGCGUUCAUGGCGCUCGUGGUGAUGAUGAGCAUGGCGAUGGCUGACGUUGUCGCCACUUCUCGUUCGAGUGAGGGUCGCAAGGCAGGAAGAGGAAGGACUGAAGCGAGCGAUGCGCCGUUGGAGCUGGCAAGCCCUCCAUGGAGCGAGAAGAGGGAGGAGGGGAAGCAAGAGCGACUGGAGGACGUUCUCAAGGCCAUCAAGCAAGCUGAGGCUGCUGAUGGCAAGGCUGCUCAACAGGAGAAGGCGUUCGGGGGUAAGGAGCUCGCAGAUGCGAACUCAGCAACGGCACAAGCUGCGCGUUUCAUGGGCAAGGCAGAGAAGCUCCUCCAGAGUGAGGAAGCGCUGAAGCAUGAGGAGCGUCAAGUGGAAAACAAGCUUACCAACCUGAAAGACUCUGGUAUCAUGGGCGGACCCUGGAGGAGCCAUGGUACAGACUUCUCAGACGAGUGGAGGGUGUACCCGAAGAGACCGCUAGAGAGACUGAAGGAGGUCGCAAGAAGGAGAAUGAUCUUGCAGCGCGGGAAAGAGAAGAAAGGGAAGGAGGGGAAAGUGAAGGGGAAGGACGUCGAAAUCAGCGAUGACGUUUCCGACCUGGACAAGGACGGAAAGGUGCAGAGUCGCUCCUCUGAUUACUUCAACGAUCUCCCUCAGGGCAAGCCAUACGGAGACUACCAGUGGGUUGACUCCAAGCCCAAAGUCCGCUGGAGUUACUACAGAAAGAGCACCAUCAAGGCUGGUUUCGACCUCUCCAACUGCUUUCUUGCGGCGCAGAAAGAUAAGUCGAAGGUCGUCGUAAAAAUCCUCGAGAAGCAAGAGACGCGCAUCAUCAGCACUAAGAAUGGCUGUACCUGCAAGAUGCCCUGGAAGUACUUCCCCGAUGAGAGCAACAAUGGGCAUCUCCAGGAAUCCAACGAGCUCAAGACGUACAACAGGUGCUCCAACAACGGUAGCAGCAAGCCCUGGUGUGCAGUAGAAGGGACGUGUGGCACCAAGAGGUUUGAGCGAUAUUGCGCACGGACCCGCAUGCGGGCUAUGGCCCUGGAGACUACGGGUGGACCCACUGGGACUACUGCGGCAAGCAGCAAGUAG